AGGCCUGGGCUUCUGUCCCAGGUAGUAGGAUCAAAAUGAUCUAUUUCGGGAUCCGGCGCGCCGCCCUUGGGGCCCCAGCAUGUAGCGUUCCUGCUCACGCCCCUUGGAUAGAAGCGUCCGAGGCUGAGUCAGAGGCACAGAAUUAGGCCCGAUUGAAGAUGGGGGUAGGAUCUGUUCUGUGUUCUUCUGUCAGCCUGGCCUGGCCUCUGCAUUCUCCAGGAAUCUGCUGCUAACGCUUACUUCCAUCUGCGUCAUCCUCAGAACAGCCAGUGAGCUGGAAAUGUAUUAAAGAGUACCGGAGAUUCUGGUGGGCCCUAGGUCCCAAUUUCCAUUUUGUGCCCCCUAUACUCGCAGGGCUCUGCCUCCUUAGCCUUAGUUUCCCCUUCAGGAAAUUGAAGAACCUUGAUAACAUUUCCCUGGCGUCUUUUUCCAGAGAGGCAACAGGCGCGUAAUAAAUGGCCAAGUCAUUAUUGGGGUUUCUAAAUAAGGCUGUACUAACAGCAGAGUCUGGCUGCCGUCCCAAUGUCCCCGGAAAGCUCGCUGAAAGGCUGGCACAGGGCGCACUAUAAAUCGGUAGGUGCACACGCAGGGACACUGCGGUCCCAGGACGACGGUGAAAGAGCAGGAUGGAGAUCCGGGUACCUGUGCAGCCGACUUGGCUGCGCCGCGCUUCAGCCCCGUUGCCCGGGCUGUCCGCGCCGGGUCGCCUCUUUGACCAGCGCUUCGGCGAGGGACUGCUGGAGGCCGAACUGGCUACGCUCUGCCCUGCUGCGCUCGCCCCCUACUACCUGCGCGCCCCCAGCGUGGCGCUGCCCACCGCCCAGGUGUCGACCGACCCAGGCCACUUCUCGGUGCUGCUGGACGUGAAGCACUUCUCGCCGGAGGAAAUAGCCGUCAAGGUGGUUGGCGAGCACGUGGAGGUGCACGCGCGCCACGAGGAGCGUCCGGACGAGCACGGAUUCAUCGCUCGCGAAUUUCACCGCCGCUACCGUUUGCCGCCCGGCGUGGACCCUGCCGCUGUGACCUCAGCGCUGUCCCCCGAGGGCAUCCUGUCCAUCCAAGCCACGCCGGUGUCAGCCCAGACCCCACUGCCAUCACCAGCUGCUGCUAAGUAGGGGUCUAAGCGAAUCUGAAUUUCGAAUCUGAAUUUCGGGAGCUGCUUUUAGGUUCUCACCUUGAAAGCUGAUCUGACUCCACCCAACCAGAUGUCCUCAUCACGCCAAGACAGUCUCUCCCAUCUAGAGAUCCCACUUGACCCCUGCACUCUAGACCUAGCCUUUCAUUACCUAGACCCUCUACUGACAUCACACCCUGACGUAGUCCUUGUCCCACAUCUUGCUACAAGCACUACACUCACCUCAGCCUAAUCUAUUGUCACUUAUAUCCUCACAGAAUUUCCUUUUGCACUUCUUUGACUCUUAUGAAACAUGGCCACACUCCACAUCCCUCCCUUCCCAGCUCUCACAGCAGAUUAUGAUGUAGACAGCCCUGCCCCCAUGCCAGGGGAAUCAGGCAUAAAGCCCACCACCACUCCUAAAUGCCCCACACUGUGGUCUUCACACUGUUCAAGCCUCCUGGUGCUCAAGAUUCUUGAUCCUCUUUCUGUAACCAGACACUCCACUGUCCUCACCCCCUUUCCUGAUUUGAAGCCCCAACCAGCCAUCCAGACUCUUGAACCUUUCCAACUUACCAUUUGCCCAGAUGUGCUAGGUCCCUUCUCCAAUUAACCACAGCUCUACAGUCCCUUUGUCCCAACCAGAUCUUCUAGGGAACCCACCCUCCACAUUUCUUAUCCUCCAUAACCCAACCAAGGAACCACUCAUUCCCUCAUUGAAUUCCCUGCUAUCCCAUCCUCCCAUUUGUUCCUAGGCCCACUGUUCAAUAAAUGUGCAAAAGUUGUG